AUGGCCCUCCUGCACGCCUGUUCUGGGAUCCUCUCAAGUGCGGCUGUAUCCGUGCCGUGUGCGGCUCCUCAGCCCUCACCAGCUUGGGUCGCAACAGUAAUUGGCCUCAUGGGUAUCCUUCCUCGCUCUGAGCGCUGUGUAGAAAUCAUGAAGCUCAUGUACCUUAGAUUCAACAUAGGGACUUGGAGCUCAGUAGAGCAAGGGGAAGGUGCUGUCUUUGCAUAA